GGAAGUAAAUAAAUUGUUUGAUUAAGGUUAUGGAAAGUGAACUGUUUUGAAAAGUUAAAAUCCUUAUAAUUAAAUAAAAUAUUUUUGAUUAUAAUAUAGUAAUAGUGAUCUAUAUUAUGUUCUAGUUGUUUAAUUGCUUGUUUACGCGGUGCUAUUAUCAUGUUUUCAAUUUGUAAACAGACUCAUCAGGCUACCGGUGUUGAACACGCAAUUAGUUGUUUUUUCUUCAAUAAAACUGAGAAAAGUCUUGUUACGGCAGGAGCAAACAUUCUUAAAGUUUUUAGAUUAAUUCCCGAUGUUGAGGCUAAGUCGAAACAUGAGAAAUAUUCAGAAUUUUUUCCUCCAAAAUCGAAACUUGAGUGUGUGGCCCAGUAUCAGUUAUUUGGGAAUAUAGUCUCUUUACAAAGUGUAACGUUAGCAAAUUCAGCUAGAGAUUCCUUGCUCUUAGCAUUUUGUGAUGCAAAAUUAUCAGUCGUAGAAUAUGAUCCAGAACUCCAUGAACUUAAAACAUUAAGUCUACAUUAUUUUGAAGAAGAGGAGAUGAAGGAUGGGUGGACUCAUUUUCAUCAUGUACCUUUAGUGCGGGCUGAUCCAGAGAAUAGGUGUGCUAUUAUGACUGUUUUUGGGAAGAAGCUAGUCGUAUUACCAUUUCGUAGAGAAACAUCAAUUGAUGAUACUGAUACUGAUAUUAAACCAAUGAUCACUUCAAAUUCAUCUGGAAAAUCUCCUAUUUUAGCUUCGUAUAUGAUUUUAUUAAAAGAUUUUAUAGACAAAAUUGAUAAUAUUAUAGAUAUACAAUUUUUGGAUGGCUAUUAUGAACCAACAUUGCUUAUUUUAUAUGAACCUCUGAAAACUUUUUCAGGGAGAGUUGCUGUUAGAACUGAUACAUGUGCAAUGGCAGCAAUCUCAUUAAAUUUACAGCAAAAAGUUCAUCCUAUUAUUUGGAGUGUAGCUAAUUUACCUUUUGAUUGUACUAAAGCAGUACCGAUUAAGAAACCUCUGGGAGGUACUUUGAUAUUUUCAGUUAAUGCUUUAAUAUAUCUAAAUCAAAGUAUACCUCCGUAUGGUGUAUCAGUAAACAGUAUUGCUGAAAGUUGUUCAAACUUUCCGCUCAAACCACAAGAUGAUGUAAAAAUAACUUUUGAUUGUGCCCAAAUUGGAUUUUUAGAAGAUGAUACUUUAGUUUUAUCACUAAGAGGUGGAGAGUUAUAUGUUCUAACUCUCUUAGCUGAUAAUAUGAGAUAUGUACGAAAUUUUCAUUUUGAAAAAGCUGCGGCCAGUGUAUUGACAACAUGUGUGUGUAUAUGUGAAAAUAACUUUUUGUUUUUGGGUUCACGUUUAGGAAAUUCCUUAUUGUUGAGAUUUACUGAAAAAGCUAAUGAGGUUAUAAGUUUAGAUGAGUCAGAGGAACCGUUAUCAAAAAAAGCCAGAACUGAUGCACUUACUGAGAAAGGAGAAAAAGUAUUAGAUUCUUUGACUGAUUGCAUUGCGAGUGAUGUAAUGGAUAUCAGAGAUCCUGAAGAACUAGAAGUAUAUGGUAACCAGAAACAAGCUGGUGUGCAAAUCACAAGCUAUAUUUUUGAAGUAUGUGAUUCUUUAUUAAACAUUGGACCUUGCGGUAACAUAUCUGUGGGAGAGCCUGCGUUUUUAAGUGAGGAAUUCAAUAAUAAUCCUGACUUAAAUUUGGAAUUAGUUACCACUGCUGGAUAUGGUAAGAAUGGAGCAUUGUGUGUACUACAGAGGUCUAUUAAACCGCAAAUUGUCACCACAUUUACUUUACCUGGUUGUUCCAAUAUGUGGACGAUUCGCAGUGGGGAAGAGAGGCAUGCAUUUUUGAUACUGAGCCAAGAAGAUAGUACCAUGGUUCUGCAAACUGGACAAGAAAUUAAUGAAAUAGACAAUACUGGAUUCACCACACAACAUCCCACUGUGUUUGCAGGAAAUUUAGGCAACAAUAGAUUUAUAGUUCAAGUUACUACUUUGUCAGUCAGAUUAUUGCAAGGUGUUAUACAGCUACAACAUGUUCCUAUGGAUUUAGGUUCACCGAUUGUACAUGUUUCAAGUGCCGAUCCCUAUAUAUCCUUAAUGACAUCAGAUGGACAAGUUAUUACUCUUAUGCUACGAGAAACUCGCGGGGCUGCAAAACUGGUUAUUAGUAAAUCCACUCUUUCAAAUUCGCCAGCUGUGUCGACGAUAUGCAUGUAUAAAGAUACCUCGGGUAUCUUUACCAACAAAAUACCAGACGAUUUUACUCAUAUACCACAGCACUAUAUCCACGAAGGAAAAGAUCUGAAAACGGAGACGGAAAACGAAGACGACUUAUUAUAUGGAGAUAGCGAUUUUAAGAUGCCUACAGCCCUUCAUCAACCUAAACCGAAAGUAUUUUACAACUGGUGGAAGAAAUAUCUAACUCCGUACAAAUCGACGUACUGGUUAUUUGUGGUGCGAGAGAAUUCGAAUUUGGAAAUUUAUUCUCUGCCCGACUUCAAACUUAGUUUUUACGUGCAAAAUUUGUGUUUCGGACAUAAAGUAAUUAUUGACGCUCUGGAAUCGGUGAUGUUGAAUGCUAUACCACAUGUAAACGAGGCGCAGAUUCAGCGAGAUAACGAAGUUAAAGAAAUUGCAAUGAUUGGUUUAGGAAACAACGGUUCUAGACCCUUAUUUUUCGUGCGACUGGAGAAAGAUCUUUAUAUCUAUGAAGUAUUCAGAUAUCAUAAAGGUCACUUGAAGCUUAGAUUCAGAAGAGUUAGACAUGAAAUUUUUUAUGAAUCAAAUAUAAUUGAGAAAACGGGUGAUGAAAAUACGGAUUACAGUAGUGUACAAGAUAGAAUUUCUAAACUGAGAUAUUUUGAUAAUAUUGCAGGUUAUAGUGGUGUUUUUAUAUGUGGUGCUAAUCCAUAUUGGAUAUUUUUAACAAAGCGUGGUGAACUUCGUGUACAUCCGAUGAUUAUAGAUGGUGAAGUGAUAAAUUUUGCUCCAUUUAAUAAUAUUAAUUGUCCAGAAGGGUUUCUUUACUUCAACCAAAAAUCUGAAUUAAGGAUAGGUAUUUUACCAACUCACUUGAGUUAUGAUGCACCUUGGCCAGUGAGGAAGGUCCCUUUAAGAUGCACUCCUCACUUCAUUACGUACCAUUUAGAGUCGAAGACUUAUUGUCUGGUCACCAGUAUUGCUGAGCCUUCAAGUUCUUAUUACAAAUUCAAUGGAGAAGAUAAAGAAUUAACACAUGAAGAUAAAGGAGACAGAUUUCCAUAUCCUCAUCAAGAAAAAUUUACUCUGACACUAUUUUCACCGGUUUCAUGGGAUGUUAUUCCAAAUACCAAAAUAGAUUUGGAUGAAUGGGAGCACGUCACUUGUUUAAGAAAUGUUGCUUUGGAAUAUGAAGGAACUAGGUCAGGUUUAAGGGGUUAUAUAGCUGUGGGUACAAAUUAUAACUAUGGAGAGGAUAUAACUUCAAGAGGAAGGAUAUUGAUAUAUGAUGUGAUUGAAGUAGUUCCAGAACCUGGACAGCCACUGACUAAAAAUAAAUUUAAAGAAAUAUAUGCAAAGGACCAAAAAGGCCCUGUCACAGCAUUGUCACAAGUCAAAGGUUUUCUGGUAUCUGCUGUAGGCCAAAAGAUAUAUAUCUGGCAAUUGAAAGAUAAUGAUUUAAUAGGAGUAGCUUUCAUAGACACCCAAGUUUACACUCAUCAAAUUUUGACUAUUAAGAGCUUAUUGCUCAUAUCUGAUGUGUAUCAGUCAAUUUCCUUGUUAAGAUUUCAAGAAGAGUAUAGAACAUUAUCAAUGGUAUCACGUGAUUUUAGAGCUUGUGAAGUAUAUGCAACAGAGUAUAUGAUUGAUAACUCAAAUCUAGGGUUCUUAAUGUCUGAUAAAGAAAAGAACCUAGCUAUAUGCAUGUAUCAACCUGAAGCCAGAGAAUCUUUAGGAGGGCAGAGGCUCUUAAAAAAGGCUGAUUUUCAUUUGGGUCAGGCAGUAACGACUUUCUUUAGGAUAAAAUGUAAAUUAGGAGAAUUAGGCGAAAACAAAAAACAUAUGAGCGGCGCUGAUAGGAGACAUAUUACUAUGUUUGCGACACUGGAUGGGGGGAUGGGCUAUUUAAUGCCAGUACCUGAAAAAACUUACAGAAGGUUACUUAUGUUACAAAAUGUUAUGGUAUCGCAUGGUGCCCAUUUAGCUGGCUUAAAUCCAAAAGCUUUUAGAACUUUCAAGAGUUACAGAAAAAUAUCUUCGAAUCCUGCAAGAAGUAUCAUAGAUGGGGACUUAGUGUGGAGCUUUAUUCAGCUUUCUAUAACUGAAAAAAUAGAGAUAUCAAAAAAAACUGGAACAAAACUGGAAGAACUACUUGAAGAUUUAAGUGACAUCCAUAAAUUAACAAACCACUUUUAAUUCUUAAUACAACUUAUUUAAUAAUUUAUUUUUUAUUGGUUUUUUAGGCCUAUUAAAAAAAACCAUUUUAGUAUGAUCAGAUAUACAGUUUAUUUACAUUUAGGUACCAGGUCGUUUAACUUAACAGAAAAUUAAAUAUACAGACAUAUAAAAAACAUUAUAUUACACAGAAACCACAUAAAGCUUAGCUUGACAACAUCAAAAGAUCAAGAUGUAUCAGAAAUAUACUUUUAAUUUGGUUUCAACACAAAUUUUUCUAUUCUAUAAUUACAUUUAUUUCUUUUAUUGGUUAGGAAACUACAUUAGAGUACAACUGCGGAGAUAUACAGCAUGUAUCAAAAACUAUGAAAUUAAAAAUUGUUCUUAAUAUAACCAAAUAAAAAAUGUAAUUAAAGAAGUGACGUUUUUGCGACAUACUAUAUAUAUAUUAUAUAAUAUAUUUACUUUCUGCAGUUGCACAGGUUGUCGGAUCACAAGCAAAAAUAGAGUUGGCGUUGUAAAAAUUCUGUAAUCCUUAUUUUUUAUUUUCCUAGCUAAAACUAAGUCACAUCAAAAUUACAACCGAAGUAAAGCUUACAUAACACAUUGCGAUUCUAGUUUCUUGUAUAACAGGGGACUAAACGAUAUAUAUAAAAGAAGAUAUAUAACACCCUGUAAAAUCUACCGCUUCUCAACAAAUCGUGUAGUUUUUCAAUUGGUUGGAAGACCAAAUAUAUCAUUGUUGAAGAACUUAUACAUAUAUAUGCUAAGGUACUAAUUUGUCUGCGAAAACUAAAGCGAUUUUUUUUGGCAAAAAUUGGCUUCACUCAGGAUAUGAAAUAAUAUUGCACUACGCGUGGAUGGCUUACGUUUACAGCCAACAUUGUUGUAAAAAUUUCGAAUAAUUCGGUGAUCAGGUUCAUGAUAUAUUAAGUGUUUUAUAGAUCAUAAUAUAUAGUAUUAAGCCUGUUUUGAAAUCACAGUUUGAUUUUAACUGUUUUUUGUUGUUAUCAAUCCACCGCCAUUUUAUUAACAGUGACAACUGACUGUAUAGUAAAAGGAGCACAAUUUUUUUUUUCUUUUUAUUACCGUGGAAAUAUCAUUCACGGUUAUCAACUUCUGGUAAAGUUUGUGAUCUUAAUAACAUUAACAGCGCUUUUAGAUGGAGCGGACCAUCCGCCGUGUUUUUUUUUUUCAAGAUAGCCCUCGGACGAAGCAUACGCGCCCAUGUGAAAUUCUUCAUUUUAUAUGAAUAAUUUCUCAUGGUACUUGCUCGAAGUCGCCGACGGUCUGCUCCAUCUGAAAGCGCUGUAAGAGGUCGUGAUUUUAUAUUUCCCACAUAAAUAACAUGGGGAUUUUUUUUUAUUUUUAUUUUUUGAAAUUUUAUAUGAUAACUUCCGUAAUUUUUUUUAUAUUUUAAUAGCGCAAAAACAUAAAAUAUCUUAUUUUUCGUAAAGUUCGUCAAGUGUUCUUUGGUAACACAUUGAAAUUACAAUAAUCAUUCAUUAAUUAUCGCUAAUUACAACAAUUAGGAAUCAUCCUGAUCAGUCAUUUAUUUUUAACUACGACUGUGUUUUUUGUAUGUUGGCUGGCGCCCAAUACUUUUAGUGUAAUUUGUAAUUGUAUUAUUUUUCUCCAAUGAAAUACAAACGAACCCAUGACUGCUCCAUUGAUGAAAAGCUGCCGACGCAUGGGACAAUAGCUUUUUAGAUAAUAUUUUUUUUAUUAACUAAAUCUGCUACACCUCCAAUAACUUUCAAACGAGUCAAUUAAAUGAAAAAUCAUAUCAGACUUUUUUUUGAAGAUCGUUCAAUUUCCUACAAGAAUAUGUAUUGACGUUCACAACAGGCUGAUUUGUUAGAAAGUAAUAUAAAAUUUCCUGUGUUAUUUAAAUGGGAACCAGAAAAUCACGAAGAGACCUCUUAAUAUUCAUAUUAAAAGCUCAAACUUAACCAGAAUUUUUUUUGUCAUCGUGAGCAAUAUUUUCACGGUAACUAAAAUU